AUGGCUAACGAAGAAAUAAACCUGAAUGAAUCCCUCAGUGUACUCAUAAAAUUCGGAAACCCUCAAAAUUUCAAUACAGAAUUGAUUCCUUGUGUUCCUCAGUCCAACAUCCAGUACAACUCAGCAUCUGAUCUUUUAUUAUGCCCUGUAUUAACAUAUCUAAAGAGUCUAGGCUAUGAUCUUGAGCAUUCAAUGAUGUGAUAUUAUUCCCCAACUUCAGAUUCAAAUAUUUAUUGUGGCAAUGACCCUUUGCCUUUAUUUACAUCGAUCCCGUCUUAUGAAAUAGAAAACAACACAAUAACUAUUAUUUGCCGAGAGGCGAUUAGAAAUUCUUUUGGAACUAUUGCAACAGUAGGCAAUAAUUCAAAUCCCAAGCUAAAACCACAACAAGAGGCCAUCACAAAAUCGCACGCAGCUAGAAGGACAAAAGAGCGAAAAAUUGGUUUUAUAAUAGAAAGAGUCUCUACGUGAAGAAAACUUUAUGCUGGGACUCAGGGAGAAAAUGGGCUCCUUAAUAAGCUAGCACUAGAUAAAGCUGCUGACCAAGUUGGAAUUUCAAAAAAAUCCUUAGAUGACUAUUUAUUGCAAAUAAGAUUUGGGAAGAAAUUUGGAUUUAAUUUCCAAGAACAUAAGGAUGAUAAAGUAGGGGUUUUGAGAGCUUAUGUAAAAAAAUGCAAAAACCUACAGGUGUAUGCUGCACAGAUUGAAGCUGGAGAAGAUGUGCCAAAAGAAGUUUUGAUGAGAUUACAAGAGCCAGGGACUCCAGCUUGUAAACAUAAUAGAUGUUGUGCUCCAGGAUUUUCGCUCAAAUUUAAAGGUGGAGAAAUACAAUAUUAA